AUGCGAGUGAAAAUUUUGCUUCCCCAAGCUGCACUACUGGUGAUCGCAUGCGCGUAUGCAAUUCUCGGUGCCUUGGUGUUCAUUUUCUUGGAAAGUGGCACAGAACUGGACGAAAAAGAGGCCGUUCUGAGGAGCAUUGAUGAUAAGAAGCUCCACUUGUUCGAAAAUCUUUGGCAAUGGUGUCAUGCUGUUGAAAACGAAAGUGAUUUCCACCGAAAAAGCCUACAUUCGAUUUAUGCGUACAUCUCGGAUAUGUUGGUCGCGUUCGAAAAUCGUAUCACCGUCGAAGAGGUCACAAGAAACGCGACCAAGCUUUCUUGGGACUUUAGAUCAGCGGUGAUUUUUACCACGGUUACAGUCACUACAAUCGGUUACGGUAAUCUGUUCCCUGACACUCCCUUGGGUCGAAUAUUUUGCAUCAUUUACGCGAUUGUGGGCAUCCCGCUGACUGUUCUUCUGAUCGGAAGCUACAGCAAAUUUUUGGUCAGUUCUGUAACCGCUGUGUAUAAAGCGCUGCUGGCUCCGUGCGGCAGGAGAUUGGCGAUGAUUCGAGGGCCUUUCAUCAGGUGCUCAUCGAAGGCGAAACAGCGCCUAUCGGCAGCUUACUCCGACAAUUUUGAUGACGAAGAGAGUGAUCCGGUAAAUUCGGAGGAAAAUGAAAGAUCGCUGAUGGCUCCUCCAUAUUUCCUUAUUCUGGCUUUGCUGCUAUAUACUCUAGUUGUGGCGACCGUGUUCACCUGCUGGGAAGACUGGUCAUUUGCAGAAUCAUGUUACUAUAGCAUAAUUACCUUUUUGACUAUCGGAUUUGGAGACAUGGUCGCAAACGAACAGCAAUCAUUCCUUUUCCUUUUGGUUUGCUCCUUCAUUGGCGUUAUGAUGUCGACGAUGUGUAUUGAUUCCAUCAGGAUGCAUUACAUAUCAAAGAUCCAUUAUUUGGGUAGAAAACUUCGAGAGGUGGAAUAUAAGUUUAAUGGCAAAAGGCUCAACCAGAAAGACGUAAAACAGCUGAUUGAGAACGUGACUAUUCUACAAGAAAAAUGUGGUCUAAAUUUGCCGAAGGAAGAAGCCAAAUCUAUGCUGAAAAACUGGGAAAUACUUUCUUCUGUAGAACAUUCUUUAGACUUUAUUGAUAUUGAGGAUACGUCAAAUUUUUCAGAUUUUUAUUUUGCUCGCUUGUAG